AAGCAUAUGUUCGGGCGCUUCGCAGCGAUUGGCAAAUAAUUGUUGAAUACACGUGCGAUUGGUUUUACUUGCAGUUGGUUUUAUUUUAAUGGUUAAACUGUGCUAAUUUCCUACUAAAAACAUGCCGGCAGCAGUGGCUACAGGUGUGCAGAUAAACGGGCCAUUGAAGAACAAGAAAAUUGUGUUCGACGAUGCAGGAGAGGCCGUGGCAAAGCCAAACAAAAAGGAGCGCCCACAGAAACCAAAAAAGCAGCACCAGGCACAACAACCCAAUGGCCAGGCGAAGAAACCCCAAAGAAUUACCUUUGACGAUGACGGCGAAGUCGAGGAGCGGAAACCUUGGCAGAAAAACCAUCAAAAGGAGCACGGGCAUGGCUUCCAAGGUGGUAAGAAACCCCAGAAAAUAAAGUUCGGCGAUGACGGCGAAGUCGAGGAGCAGCAACCGUGGAAGAAAAACCACCAAAAGGAAAACGGCUUCGAAAAUACCAAGAAACCCCAGAAAAUAAAGUUUGGUGAUGACGGCGAAGCGGCUGAUAAGACUAAGAAGCCGCAGCGUAUAAAGUUUGAUGAAGAUGGAGCUGAGAAGGAGGCCUCCGACUCCGAAGAAGACAGUGAGGGCGAGCUAGAAAAGCAGGCCAGCUUCAUGAAGCGCAGCAAACACCAGUCGCAGGCUGACGAGGAGGAGGAGUCUCAAAAGAAGUGGUACCAAGUGCAUCCGGACUACCCCAGCAGCGAGGAGGUGCUGGACAUGAAGGACAACGAGCAGCUGGAGUUGUUCAAUCUCUGCAAGAAUGCCUUCGAGGCGGAUAAGACGACAUUUAACAGGCGCAAUCCCUCGGAUGUCCGCUGGCUGCAAACGGCCCUCCACAAGGGCACAGCCAAAGAUCGAGCCAAUUCCGGGGCCCUGCUGGUGACCAGCAAUCCCCUGGGCAACCUGGAAGCCUUGUCCACUCUAAUAAGCUUCUGCAAGAUAUCCAACAAGGCCAGCAACGAUGUGAUCGCUGUACUCACAGACCUGUGGCAGGAGGUGCUCUUGCCGCCCAACAGGAAGCUGCUCUCGAUACACACACGCGGAGCAGACUGGAAGAAGCUGCGGAAGGACGUUACUCUGCGCGAGCAGCAGCAGCGUCGCAUCUAUUCGUAUUGGUACUUUGAGAACGAGCUGAAAGACCAGUACCAUGAGUUCCUCAAGAAUGUGAUGCAGGGUCUGCAGACGGGACAGGAGCACAACAAGAAUGCUUCGAUCGUGGCCGCGGCACGACUCCUCUCGUAUGCCCCAGAGAAGGAACAAAUGCUGCUCACGAUGCUGGUGAACAAGCUGGGUGAUCCCAUUGCCAAGAUAGCCUCCAAGGCGCUGCAUCACCUCAGCGAUGUGGCCCAACGCCACCCAAACAUGUGUGGCGUCAUCGUGGCCGAGGCGGAGAAACUGCUUUUCCGCAACAAUAUCUCGGAGCGGGCACAGCACUUUGCCCUCUGUUUUCUGUCCAGCAUCGCGCCAUCCGGACGUCCGGAGGUGUGCACCAAGUUGGUCAACAUCUGCUUUGCCCUGUUCAAAGUCCUCGUCCAGAAGGGAGCCGUCAACAACCGCACCAUGCAGGCCAUUUUGAGGUGCCUGCAAAAGGCCAUUGCGGAGGCCCAGCCUGCGAAGGGCAGCGAUGGGGAGCUGCUCAACAAGGAGAUGCAGGACACCAUCUACCGACUCGUUCACUUGGCCGACAUACGCGUCUCAGUGCAGACCCUUGGCCUCCUGCUGCAGCUGGUCACAGUUAAAACGGAGAAAUCGGAUCGAUUCUACAAUGCGCUGUACGUAAAGCUACUGGACCUGAACCUCAUCAAUGUGGGCGGCAAGACGGCGGCACAGCUCCUCCACAUUGUCCACCGUGCCAUCCACAUAGACAGCCAUGUGGCGAGGGCCCAGGCCUUUGUGAAGCGUCUCCUCCAGGUGACACUCUACGCACCUCCACAAAUUGCCGCCGGCUGUCUGAUUGUCCUGCACAAGCUGUUGCGCAUGCGCCAGGAGCUCAUCGGAGGCAUUGGAGCCACCGAUGAAGUGAGCUCUCUAAAGACAGUCCUGCCAGAGGAUGGAGACCUGGACAGGUUUGGCAGCGAUGCCGAAGAUGAAGUCAAGGUAGAAGCAGACGAGCUACAGCCAGAGAUAAAGACGGAAGCUGUCAAGUCGAAGGUGGUCAAUAUCGAUUCCUGCAAAUACGAUCCGUAUCAUCGUGUGCCCGCUUUUGCGGGAGCAGCCUACACUCUGCGCCAUGAGCUGCUGCUUCUGCGUCAGCACUACCAUCCCACGGUCCAGGUCUUUGCCGAACAGAUCCUCGAGCAGAAACGCAUCGAUUACUAUGGGGAUCCUCUGCGAGAUUUCGGACUGCCGCAUUUCCUAGAGCGUUUCGCCUUCAAAAAUCCCAAGAAGCUGGAUGCGCCCCAGGCGGAGAGCGCCGCUGUGGCCCACAAGCGCUAUAUGGCGCAAGGAGGCCGCGGCAAGCCAGUCAAGUCGCUGACGAAGGCCAACUGCACGGAGGACGAGAUGUUUAUUCUCAACUUCUUGGAGCACAAGCGCAGGCAGGCGGAGAUUGUGGCCCAGAGCAAGAAGCAGAGGGAGGUAAAGAAGGAUGAGGACGAUGAUGGAGAGCAGGGCGAUGAGUACCUGAAGGAGGGCGAGGUGGAUGACGACGAGUUCGAGGCGUAUCUGGAUGGGUAUUUUGGCAAGAAGUUCAAAGAUGGCGCCGCUGCCGAGGAGGAUGAGAAUGAGCUGAACUUCCUUGAGGAGCUCGGCGGCGAGAUGCAGUCUGAGAAGUCCAAGAAGAAGGACAAGAAGAAGAAGCAGGGGGCCGAUAAGCACGAGGAGGAUAUGGACGAGAUCGACGAUGACUGGGGCGAUGAUAAUCUGGGUGAAGACGAUGAAGAUGACGAAGUGUCGGGCGCUGGCGGAGAUCAGUCCGACGAUGAGACUGGCUCGAUUGACUUGCAGCCCCUGGACGAUGAUGAUGAUGACGACGACGAUGCGGGUUCAAUUUCUGAAGGCGACCAAGCCUCCGAUGCAGAGGAUGACAGCGAUUCCAGCGACGCUCCCGAGAGCCCAGACGAUGAUGACGACGACGAUGAGGAUUCGCCGCCCAAGUCGAAGAAAUCCCGCAAGGAGGAAGUCAAUAUGGUGGAUGGACGCAGCUUCGCCAAGACCCUCAAACAGAGCCACGAUAUGUCCUCGCUGUUUGCAGCUGCGGAUGAGUUCUCGUCAUUGAUGGAGGAAACGGCCAAGGUCAAGGGACAGGGCACCAGCAACGCCGUCUUCAACAAGGACAAAUCCUCCGACAAGCAAAUCAAAUGGGAGGAGAACCGCCGCUCCAAUAGCAAAACCUACACAGGCAAGAGGUUUUCCGGCAAACCAGCGGCCAAAGGAGGCAAGCCACAGAAACCAGGCAAGAAGCGGAAGCAUUAGCUGCACAAAAUACAGCUCCGAGGAGAUUACAAAAAACCUACCAACUGCAGCAAUAAAUAUUUUUUUUGCAUUUUGUAUAAGUUGA